UGUGUGAGCGACGCGCCGUGGUCCAGGUGGAGGGGGUAAGCCGCGCCAGUUGCAGCCGGGUCAGCGGCCGGAGUACCACAGCGCGCCCACCGCCAGCUGCGCAGGCUUAAAGGCGCCCAUCCGUCCGACCACCUGGUCAACCGCCAACCACCGGACGCGCGCCGCCUGCCCCAUACAACCACGCCGGUCGCAGCUGGGCGCGACAUCUGCAGAAGAGCCGCCGGCGAGGCGAUGCGAGUGGCGGGUGCGGCCGUGCUGCUGCUGCUGGUCGCUCUGGCGCCGCCCCCGGGGGCGGAGGGGCGGCGGGGGCGGACGCGGGGGCGGACCAAGUCCCGCGCGCAGAUCGGCCUCCCCGUCACCGGCCAGUACCGCGACGCCGAGACCGACAAGUACUACAACAACAACAACGGCGCCAAGAUCAUCAACUGGUCCCACUUUGACUAUGAGUACACGCUGGGCCAGAAGAUCGUCUUCAUGUGCGUCGCCAAGGGCAACCCCAGGCCCGCCAUCACGUGGUUCAAGGACGGCACCGAGCUGUACGCGCACACCUACCUGCAUGUUCACGAGUGGACCAUCGGCAAGGACCAGAUAAAGUCGAAGCUGGAGAUCGACCCCGCGACGCAGAUGGACGCAGGCGUGUACGAGUGUUCGGCCGACAACAUGUACUCCAUCGACCGGCGCAGCUUCAAGACGGACUUCAGCAUCGCCUUCGACUAGCCACGCCCCACGUUCCGAAACCACCGUGCAGCACGGGUCGGUGCCCGGAAGUAGCGCUUUUGUCGUCAUACAGCCUCCCGACAAGCUGUUGAGCAUUUGUUUUCCCUAAAAAAAACAACAACAACACUGCGCUGAAAAGGUGUUAAUACCCCAUGAGAGCAAAUACCGCAAGUACAAACGGUCACGUAAGACUUAUCAGUACGGCAAAUGCUGUCCUUCAAUGUCAACAAGUGUAACCAUUGAAACGUCCCCUUAGAAAAAUUAUAAAUGACUGUGCUUAAACUGACACACAACUUAAUCUGAGUUUCAAAAAUCCGUACAAAAGAAUGGCCCUGACUAACAAUAACCUAUACCUUUCAUGAAUCACUUACCUCACAAAACUCUUCGUCACUCAAACUACUGCAAUACAGCGAGCGCCACUACUGCCAGCUAAAUAAAAGAUUCAAACUACUGAAGGCACUAACUACUGAUAGACAUAGUUAGCAAAUGAAAGAUUUUGACAGAGAACAAACAAUGUAUUUACCUUAAUAGUGUUCAAAAGUCAUUAUAUAUAUAUAUAUAUAUAUAAAAGUUCAUGACAUCCAGUCUUACAAAUUUACUGUUUCUGAUGGACACACGUCCAGAUCGUCCGCUCUCAAUACUCCAUCUCUCUCCCCACAUCCACCACUGCUGGCGGCUCACCUCCAACUGCGCAACGCUACGCGCUGUUAACAGCCAACUGCCCAACACUACAAUAGCGAAUAUUCCAACAAUGCCAACUAGCCAAAGACUGCACACAGCACAGCCAGUGAUUUUCAUACAGAGCGCUACGUGGCAUCACCAACAUAAAAACCUAAACAGCCUACUUACACCAUUGUGCAAAAUAUGCGUCAAGUUGAGGGUAAUCGAAAUCUGUCUCUUCUCACAUUCGCAAGAAUUACACAGAGAUAUAUUCAUCAGCUUAUGACACUUGUGUACAGCAAUUCCUGCAAUUAAAAAAAAAAUUUGCCUACACUUUAGUGCGCCACUGCAACGAACAGCCGAAAUCGCUUAUGACUACGUCAAAGGGUCCUGCGAUUUACGCUCUCUAUUGCAGAUCCUCGCUCAAGCCAGAAUUUUGUUUUGUUUUUUUAUAUAAAUUUCGUAUAUGUAAAUUUUAGGCUGCUAUAUGGUUACAACAUCAAAAAGUAGUAGAAAUACACUGCACUUACAGUAAUCAUAAUUGAGUAUUUAUGGAGAGGCACAGAAGAGGAACUUUUCUUAUGUAUUGCGAUACAAUAACAUUACAGCAAAAUGUAAAAACAGUUAAUAAAUGGAGAAAGAAGUAGCAACGAUGUAAUCUGUUCAAUAAAGUCGAACAUAGCCUUGGA